UUUUCUGGAGAGAAGGGCUGAAGCAACUUGUAUUGAUUGACGCUAGAAUGUCUGCACGUGAGAAUGAAAACACAAGGCUCCCUCUUGUGUCAAAGAAAACGAAAUCAGCCAUGGCUGGUCUGCAGUUCCCUGUGGGCCGGGUCUACGGGCUCCUGAAGAGAGGCCGCUACUCUGACAGGAUCAGCCCCGGUUCUGCAGUCUACAUGGCUGCAGUGCUGGAAUACCUGACUGCAGAGAUCCUGGAGCUGGCAGGAAAUGCUGCACGGGAAAACAAGAAGGCCAGGAUCCUGCCCCGACACAUCCAGCUGGCUGUGAGAAAUGAUGAUGAGCUGAGCAAGCUCUUCUCCUGUGUGACCAUCGCUGAAGGAGGGGUGUUACCUAAUGUUCUUCCUGAGCUUGUUCCUAAGAAGACAGUGACACUUAAGCCACCCCACAAAAAUGGCCAUUCACAGGAGUUCUAGCUGUUGCCACACACCCGGCUUGUGUUGCUGUUGCUGGCUUCUUUUCCCCAGCCCAGUGCUCUGCAUAUUUUUUGGUCUAUACUUGUAUGCCUAUCUAGGUGGGUGGCUGAAAGGUGUUUAAGUUUCCCUAUCAACAUUCUUCAGAAGAAAGCAGUUGGACUGCUUUUAUGAAUAACUGUGAAAAGGACUCGACCUUAUGCCUUUCCAUGAAGUAUUUGCUGCAUCAAACAGAUGGUCUUCUUUCCACUACCUGUUGCCUUUAAGGCAGAUGGGUGGGUAGCUGGAAUCUCCUUAUUCAGUGUGUGAAAGUCUGCUUCAUCUGACAGCACCUGAGAAACUUCAUCUGGUCUUGUUCACGGUGAUGGUAAAUCUGAUGAAUUAUCUAAUACUGGAAUGAUGAAAUAGCGUUGUGCUGUAACUUCAGCGUCACCACACGUGCAUUGGGCUGAGGAUUGUGUUUGGCAUUGUCUCCUUGGUCUCUGCAUUCAGAGUGCCAUCUCAGGAGCCUUCUAUACACUGUGUAUAAAUGUUGACAGCAAUUCACCCUUAAGGAUAUGUAAAGUUGUUUUAAGAGUGAUUCUAAUAAAACUCUCCUUAGUCUCUUUGAGGCUCGUUCUAUUAGGAUCCAGAUCAAGCAAACUUACGUGAUAAAGUGCAAUCCAGAAAAUGACCUUUCCCAAGACCUUUUAAAGAUUGUGUUCUGCACCUAUGUAACUGGAAAGACUGCUUGAGCGCUAUUGGGUCUGUACUUGAGACUAUAGCACUACUGAGGACAUACCAGUAUUAAUGCUUGUUGUGCAUCAUUGUUUCAUUUAUUCUGCUUGUAGCAUAGAACAGGAAGGUCCUACUGUCCACCAGGUUCAGAUAUAUUAAUCCAUUCAGACAAAAAAGUUACUUGGAGAACUACUUCCAGACAGACCCUACCAGCUCAAUAUUUGGGAGCCUGUUUCCUGUAUUUGACAUGUAGUCAUUCAGAUGGUGUGGCUUUUUUUUUUUUUUUCUCCAAGGCAACUCAGAUUUCUCCUGGUUUUUCUUCUCCAGUGGAAAUGGGUAUAGUUUCUUCUCUGUGCAGACUGGCUAGGGGGUUUAAAUGGAGGGUGAGAAGCCUGUAACUAGGCACUGCAUGUAAAGCUGCAGUUGGGGGUCUUUAAUUGUGUUAAGCCUGCAGUAUGUCUGUAAACUGCAAAAUAUAUUCCAGAGGCAAGGCUGUGAAAAGUCAAAUGGGGGAGAGUGUAGGUAUCCAGUCAGUGCCAAUAUCACUGGCUGCUAGGAGCCAUGGAGAUGAGUGGUUUCUAGCGUGGGUAUUAGAUGAUUGUUUUGAGAGUAGCCUUAAGAUCAGCCAUUGCAUCUGCAUAAGCAUGGCAACUUUCUGUUGAAACUUAGAGGGUGAGGUUAUGCUGAAGUGCUGACCUGUGUC